UUAUCGGCGCUGCUGCUGCUGAAUCUGAGCGCUCCGCUCCGGGUGUCCGCGCCGCGUCCAUGAACUCAGCAGGUCCAGCAGCGAGAUCAGCGAGGGUUUCGGUCGGGAGGCUGCGCGUCCCUCCAGCCAUGGACGCAGCGGUUCCGGCUGCCCAGGAGGCUCCGCCGCAGGCUGCCACCACCGCCGCAUCAUCGUCAGCCGCUGCCUCCGCGAAGAAGGCGGAGGGUGGAGCCGGAUGGGAAGUGGCCACCGAUAAGAGCUCCCUCAGCAUUCAGCUGCAGAAGAGUCAGCCCGAUGUCGUCCUGUCGCAGCUGCAGUCACGCUGCGUUGGGCCGGGCAGAGUGGAGGGCUUCGCCGCGGGCUGCUCCCAUCAUUCCUGCUGCCCGCUGGAGCUACGGGACUGCUCCGGCCUGGCCUCGCACGUCGGCCCGCGGCCCUGGGACACGCCGCUCAUCGACGCGCUCACCCUGGAGUUGCUGCAGACGCACCCGCAGCUGCGGCCGUCUCACCCCCGCCGCCUGCACCCACGCCGGCCUCCCUCGCCGUGGGGCCGCCACGCGACGUCCCCCUGGCCCUACCAGCAUGUCGGCACGCAGACGGAGCACAGGGAGGGCCACCAGGCGCCCAAGACCCGGCGCGUCUCCGCGGCGACACAGACCAGCGAGGUGAUGGACAAGCCCUGCUGUUGCCUCCACCCCGGCAUGUGGCUGCCUCCGUUCCCGUCGUCCGGCGCCACCAGUGUGUCCCACAGCUCCGGCCUCGACAGGAUCGACGGCGCAGAAGGCGCGGCGUGUGGGGCCCGCAGCCGGCUGCCUCCAGGAACCGCGACGCCGUCCAGUCCAUCGGACGCCUCCGAUGCUUCGCCCGACAUCGACACGAGCGGCAAGGCUCAAAUAAUGCCUCACAGCUUCAACCACAGGCGCUCCAUCCGCCUGUCUCGUUCCUCGACGGCCAGCUCCAUCACCUCUGUCGGUAAGACAGCAGACGAGGAUGGCCGAGUGCUGGACCUGCUCCGGGACGAGCUGCCCGAGCCGCUGCUCGCCGAGGAGGAGCAUCGGCGUAACCUGCAGCUCCUGGAGGACGCGUCGCGUGCCAGCCAGCGCUUCCUGGCGCGCCCGGGCCGCCGAUCACGGCACAGCCUCUCCGAGGCGGCGUCCUCGCCUGGUCUGUCCCCUCGGUCCACACCCUUUCCACUCCCGUCAUGUGGCACGUCUCAGGCUGGCACACCACCAGCGCUCUCGCCGCCGCUGCCCGCUCGGGUGGCCCCUCUGCGCGCUCCCACGGCCUGCCUCGACAGCGCCGCGAGCGCCGCGGGGGCCUCCGCCGAAGGUGGAAUCAAGAAAGGCCCCAAGCCCCUGGUCGAGACGGGAGGCGACAAGGAAGGCAACGUGCCUCAUGCAACAGCAAACGUGGAGCCUUCCCUGGCAGCAGAUAAGUCGCCCGGCCCCGGCCCCUCGGCGCAGCCAAGGUGCCCCGGCGAGGACGCGGCCCCUCAAACCGCCGCUCGCGUGGGAGGCGGCGCCGGCCAGGGUCCCGCAGAUGGCGGCCCCGAUGGUGGCCCCGGCUCCACGGCCGCGGGGAGGGCCCGCGAGUCGGCCGCCCAGGGCGCCAAGCAGCUGACGGCCGAUCCGCCCACGCCGGGGAACCUGAAGCCGUCCAGCAGCCCCCGGCAGCACAAGCCUUUGCUCAAGAGCAACUCCGUUACCUUCAAGUUCCCCGAGAGUUCGGUGUCGUCCUCGAACGGAGACUCGCAAGCCACCAACGGGCUAAAUGACGGCCCGUUACUGUCCAUCAAGCAGCACAAGCUGAUCAAACUCAGAGAGGGAAAGAAGCAAACCUGGUGCAGGACGGUGGGCGACCAGAAGAUGCCCGAGCUGGCCGAGGCUGCCGAGAGGAAGAGCGACACCGAGGACGACAAUGAAGGUGAAGUCGUGGCAGCAAGCACGGAUGCCCAGAAGCCUCCGGCCAAGCCAGUGGUGUCGGACAAGCUCCUUCACAGUCUGCAGCUCCACCGCUCUCAAGCCUCCAGACCUUCCCUCAGUGAACAAGAAGUCGAGACGGCGUUCGUGCGCCUCUCGCUGGCGUUCCGCAACGACAUGUUCUCGCUGGAGAAGCGCCUGCGUCUGGAGGAGCGCGCGAGGAACCUCGCCGAGGAGAACGUCUCCUGCGAGAUCGACGCCGUCUCCAGCACAGUGCAGAUGUUCGCGCCGCUGUGCCAGGACUCCCAGACGCGGGACACAUACCAGCAGCUGCAGCAGAACCUGCAGGUGCUUCGCAAGGCCACCAUGAGGGCCUCCAGCUGCUCGGAGAAGCUGGGAGCCGUGAACCAGGAGGGGCGCCUGUGCCGGGCCAUGGAGGUGAUGGUGCAGCACGUGGAGAACCUGAAGCGGCUGUACGCGCGCGAGCACGCCGAGCUGGAGGACGUGCGCAAGCUGCUGCAGCACAACUCUCGCUCCGUGCACAGUGGCUCCGGGGACAGCAGUGACGAGGGCAUGGCACGUGGGAACCGCUCCAUGUCUAUCAUCGGAUCGCUCGGCAAGCCGACUGCUCGCCGAAGAGUCAGCGUCUCCGUCAUCCCAAAGUUCUUUAACUUCCCCAGUGGAGGAGGCAACCAGCUGGCCAGUCCCAUCUUGGAAGCGAGGAUAAACGAGGUGAAAAAGCAAGAAGCAUCAAUCAUCGCUCCAGAGAAAAUCAUCCCGGCUUUCCUAGCCCCAAAGGAAACGAGCCAGCCCAGCGGACACAUGCUCAUGGGACUGACGCGGGCAGCGCUGAAGGAGAGUCCUCCGCUCAUCCCGCAAGGGGCACAAGGCGUCAAGAUCGUGGGUGCGAGGCCGCUCAACCCCUUGGCCCAGGACAACGUGGAGGAGGAGACCCUCGUCAGCAGUUGACUUUGCCCGCAGCCGUUGCCUUGUGUUGUCAGUGGCCAUUGCUGUCGUCCUCGAUGCUAAACAGGCCUGCAGACGCACCACGUGAUUUUGCCAAGUCCUGUUCGAUUGCCAUGAAGGCUGGCUUAGAAACUAAGCUAUUUUUUGGUUUCACCAGGCUAAGGCCCCACUGAGCUAUACGGCUGUUUCUUCAGAAGCGACGAGGCUAUCACAAGUGUUAGCUGGACGACGCGGCUUAUCGUCACGUGGACAUUUAUUAGCAGCAGCCAAAUACUCUCGCCGCAAGUCGAUUCUAAAUGUGGAGGGAGAGACCUGGAGGACCCGGAGAAAAAUCCACACGACGACGGGGAGAGCACACAGACUACAAAUAUACAACAGGCGUCAGGGUCGGGAUCGAACCCACGACCUCCUGUAUACCAGGCAAUGUACUUAACAUCUCGCCAUUGUAGCGCAUUGUGCAUUAUGACGGCCUACGACUUUUAUCACCACAAAUGUAUUGAAGCAUUACCCAGUAUUCAUCCUUUCUACGGUUAGGAAAACUAAUUUUAUCUCUUGGGCACCACUCAUGUAACGUUGAAUAAUAUUGACCGUUGUUACUGGCGAUGGGUAUUGUGGCAGGUUUACAGCAAUAUAACAGAUCGAGGUACAGUCCUGAAAUGGCUUGCUCACAUCACUGCUGGCAGAACGACCUCCACUCAGAGGGAGCUCUACAUUGUUGGUAACAAAGGUACAUUUAUACAAAAAAUAUUUCCAAAGAUUUUCUGCGUUCGCGUUUUUAGACCUUAAAAGGGAUUUAUGCAGUGAAGUAAUAUAAAUUAUUGUUAAGUUAUACAACUUUACAUAUUCAUCACUGUAUUCUUAACGUGUGACCUCCUGCUUGAAAUCAUGUGUGAAUGCAUGCACGUGUAAGCGUUACACUGAACGCGCGUGUGUUUUAAUACGGCUUGUAUUAUUUUUAAAUAACUAUUCGCGCUGCCACAGGAGAGGGUCAUUUGGUGAACUCCAGAGGGACAUUGGUGGCGGUGCGCCCACAACCUUGCGUGGGGCUUCCCCCUGGCAUCGCGCAACGUUGGCAUGGCGUACUGGCCUCCUGGCACCGGCGGAUGUAGACUCCGAACGGGUUUCGACGCGCGCACUCACGUGCAUCCUCUAUCACCGACGUGUCAGCCCGCAGCAGUGACCGCGGGUCGCUUCGUGCGCGCGGACACUUGCACAGGCACGGGCCGUCGCAUUCGCACGAAUGUACGUUGAAGGGCAAACUGGGUUUAGCGCGGGUUAAUAAAUGAAAGUGCUGCAGAUGUUUGCGACUCGUCAAGGAAAAUCUGUCCGGUACAUUUGUGGAUUUUGCGUAAUUCCAAGCGAUGUGGCACUGGAUAUGCAAGCGUGUGAGUGCAUAACAGUGCAGAUCUGUGGAAUGUUGCGUGCAUCUUUGAGGUCGUAUGCAUUAAAUCCAGUUUGCUGAUGGUUUCUGGGCUUGAUCUGCAGACUUUGUCCGUUCUAUUUCUGUGGAGUAUCUUUUAUUGUUAUGAACGAAAGCCUUUUCCAUAAUAAGAGUUGUUUUUGGGUUAGAUCCCGUAAAUAUGUGUCGUUAAACCCGCCACCACCCGACACAGCCAAUUAAUAAGGUUUGUCACGUAAACAGAACGUGCCAGUUCGUCACUAGUUCAUUAAUCCUCCCGCACUUCGCUCAAGAAGGGCUUCCAAGUGACGUCAUC